ACGUGACCAGUCGGAAAUUAUGAAGAAUCCAUUUGCACACCUGGCUGAGCCCUUGGAUCCUGCACAACCAGGAAAGAAAUUUUUUAAUUUAAAAAAAUUGGAGGAUUCAAGAUAUGAACACUUACCCUAUUCUGUCCGAGUUCUCCUGGAGGCAGCCAUUCGGAACUGUGAUGAGUUUUUGGUCAAGAAAAAUGACAUUGAAAAUAUCCUAAAUUGGAAUGUCAUGCAGCAUAAGAAUAUAGAAGUGCCAUUUAAACCUGCCCGUGUCAUUUUGCAAGACUUUACGGGUGUGCCAGCUGUGGUUGACUUUGCUGCAAUGCGUGAUGCAGUGAAGAAGUUAGGAGGCAACCCCGAGAAAAUAAACCCCAUCUGUCCUGCUGAUCUUGUCAUUGAUCAUUCCAUCCAGGUCGAUUUCAGCAGAAGGGUAGACAGCUUACAGAAGAAUCAAGACCUGGAAUUUGAGAGGAAUAGAGAACGAUUUGAGUUUUUGAAGUGGGGUUCCCAGGCUUUUCGCAACAUGCGGAUUAUUCCCCCUGGCUCAGGAAUCAUCCACCAGGUGAACUUGGAGUAUUUGGCAAGAGUGCUUGGAGAGCUUUUGCCUAGCAUAGAAGAGACCGUGGAUCCAAUCCUUAGCACCAAAAGGGUUGGGAUGGCUAUAAUAAGAAGUAAUGCAAGCAUUAUUUUAGCCACACCCUCCAUUGCAGGUGUGGGUGGAAUUGAAGCAGAAGCUGUAAUGCUGGGUCAGCCAAUCAGCAUGGUGCUUCCCCAGGUGAUUGGCUAUAGGCUGACAGGAAAGCCUCAGCCUCUGGUAACAUCAACCGACAUUGUGCUCACCAUCACCAAGCACCUCCGCCAGGUUGGAGUUGUAGGCAAAUUUGUUGAAUUCUUUGGGCCAGGAGUAGCCCAGCUGUCCAUUGCUGACCGGGCUACAAUCGCCAACAUGUGUCCAGAGUAUGGAGCAACUGCUGCCUUUUUCCCAGUUGAUGAAGUUAGUAUCAAGUACCUGGUACAGACUGGCCGAGAUGAAAACAAAGUAAAGCACAUGAAAAGGUAUCUUCAGGCUGUAGGAAUGUUUCGUGAUUUCAGCAACCCCUCUCAAGACCCAGACUUUGAACAGGUUGUGGAAUUAGAUUUGAAGACAGUAGUCCCGUGCUGCAGUGGACCCAAAAGGCCUCAAGACAAAGUUGCUGUGUCUGACAUGAAAAAGGACUUCGAGAGCUGCCUCGCAGCCAAGCAAGGAUUUAAAGGAUUCCAAAUUGCUCCAGAACAUCAUAGUGACCAUAAAGUGUUUAUCUACAAUAAUAGUGAAUUUACCCUUGCUCAUGGUUCUGUGGUUAUCGCUGCCAUUACUAGCUGCACAAACACCAGUAAUCCAUCAGUGAUGUUAGGAGCUGGAUUGUUAGCAAAGAAAGCUGUGGAUGCAGGCCUGAAUGUGAAGCCUUACAUCAAAACCAGCCUGUCUCCUGGAAGCGGUGUGGUCACCUACUACCUACGAGAAAGCGGAGUCAUGCCUUACCUGUCUCAGCUUGGGUUUGACGUGGUGGGCUAUGGCUGUAUGACCUGCAUUGGCAACAGUGGGCCCUUACCUGAACCCAUAGUAGAAGCCAUCAUUCAGGGAGACCUAGUAGCCGUUGGAGUGCUUUCUGGAAAUAGGAACUUUGAAGGUCGCGUCCACCCCAACACUCGGGCCAACUAUUUAGCAUCUCCUCCCUUAGUAAUAGCCUAUGCCAUCGCGGGGACCAUCAGGAUCGACUUUGAAAAAGAGCCAUUAGGGGUAAAUGCAAAGGGACAACAAGUAUUUCUAAAAGAUAUUUGGCCAACUCGAGAUGAGAUCCAGGCUGUGGAGCAGCAGUAUGUCAUCCCUGGGAUGUUUAAGGAGGUCUAUCAGAAGAUAGAGACUGUGAAUGAAAGCUGGAAUGCCUUACAAGCCCCAUCAGAUAAGCUGUAUCUGUGGAAUCCCAAAUCUACAUACAUUAAAUCACCACCAUUCUUUGAAAAUCUGACUUUGGACCUCCAGAGCCCCAAAUCUAUAGUGGAUGCCUAUGUGUUAUUAAAUUUGGGAGAUUCAGUAACAACUGAUCACAUCUCUCCAGCUGGAAAUAUUGCAAGAAACAGCCCUGCUGCUCGCUAUUUAACUAACAGAGGCCUAACGCCACGAGAAUUCAACUCCUAUGGCUCCCGCAGGGGUAAUGAUGCCAUCAUGGCACGGGGAACAUUUGCCAACAUUCGCUUGUUAAACAAAUUUUUGAACAAACAGGCACCACAGACUGUACAUCUCCCUUCAGGAGAAAUUCUUGAUGUGUUCGAUGCUGCUGAGAGAUACCAGCAAGCGGACCUUCCUCUGAUCAUCCUGGCUGGCAAAGAGUAUGGUGCAGGCAGCUCCCGUGACUGGGCAGCCAAAGGCCCUUUCCUGCUGGGAGUCAAAGCUGUUCUGGCCGAGAGUUACGAGCGCAUUCACCGCAGUAACCUGGUUGGAAUGGGAGUAAUACCCCUUGAGUAUCUGCCUGGUGAAAAUGCAGACUCUCUAGGACUCACAGGGAAGGAACGAUACACUAUCAUCAUUCCAGAAAAUGUCAGACCACGAAUGGAAGUCCAGGUCAAGCUGGAUACUGGGAAGACCUUCCAGGCUGUUAUGAGGUUUGACACUGAUGUGGAGCUCACUUAUUUCCACAAUGGGGGCAUCCUCAACUACAUGAUUCGCAAGAUGGCCAAGUAGGCCUGUGUUUCCUAGAGCUGCACUUGGCGCACUCAGUGAGGCACCGGCCAUGCAGCCAGCCGAGGCUGGUGAAGAAGCCCCUGCUUCCUCCAUGCAGGUGCUGCCUGGAACUCAACAGCUGAGUACUGCGGGUUGGGUGCCAUUCCUGGAGGCUCAAAGCCAGAAGUUUCAGUGUUCUCUAUUUUUGUUAAAUUGUUUUAUCUUUUUCUAGAAUUUGAAAGCUAGAAUUGUGGGAAGAUCAGUAGUGCCAGAAAGCUGGCUUAUUUUUGAAGUUACUGAUCAUAGGACAUUGAUUUUUCACUUUUACCAACUACUCAACUGAACACUAGCAAGUAUUUUCAGAAGCAUCUCCUACCCUUUUUACUGUUUUCCAUUAUCUUCUGCUCAGUGAAACCCUUCCUUUGAGGGCCCAUUCCUUUGUAAUAUAUCACUGUUAACUGACAUAGGUAGGUAAGAACUUUUUCACACAAAUUGUAAUACUGGUUGUGAUUUCCCCGAAUAAUCCAAACACCUGGCAAACAGGUCAAACACUGAAUUUUUUGAUUAUGUACCUUGUAGUAAAUCAACAUUAAAGAAAAAUUUUCUUUCACUGUC